AUGGGUGCGAACGCGUCCUCCCAACUUGAGAAAGAGAUCAACCAGGAUAACUUUGCAAAUGAGCAUUAUUACGGAUUGGUCAAUUUUGGCAACACGUGCUAUUGCAAUUCGGUGAUACAAGCCCUGUAUUUUUGUCAGCCAUUCCGGGAAAAGGUUCUCCAGUACAAGCAGCAUCUGAAAAAGGCUGGCGUACAAAAAGAAAAUCUCCUGACAUGUCUCGCCGAUUUAUUCCACAACAUUGCCACACAAAAGCGACGGGUAGGCACGAUUGCGCCAAAACGCUUCAUCACAAAGCUCAAGAAGGAAAAUGAACUGUUUGAUAAUUAUAUGCAACAAGACGCGCACGAAUUUCUAAACUAUCUGCUCAAUACGAUAUCUGAAUCGUUGAUAGAAGAUAAAAAGGAGCGGCCGUUGAUUGUUAAAAAUGGGACAAUACGAAAGAACCACCACCCGGCACCUGCCCCUCCUGAAAAGGAUCGGAAGCGAAAUGAGGCUCAUCCUGGUCCCGCAGAAACAACAUGGGUUCAAGAUAUUUUUCAAGGAACUCUAACCAAUGAGACACGAUGCCUACACUGCGAAUCCGUCUCAAGCAAAGACGAAGACUUUUUGGACCUUUCCGUCGAUGUCGAGCAAAAUGCGUCGAUCACCCAUUGUUUAAGGGUCUUUAGCAAUACCGAAACCCUGCAAGGGGAUCAAAAAUAUUAUUGCGAAACGUGUUGCUCGCAUCAAGAGGCGCAGAAGAAGAUGCGGAUUAAGAAAUUGCCGCGGAUGCUGGCGCUGCAUUUGAAGAGGUUUAAAUAUGUCGAUCAGUUGAGCCGGCAUACAAAACUGUCCUAUCGGGUGCUAUUUCCCUUGGAAUUACGGUUAUUUAAUGUGAGCGAGGACGCGGUAAAUGGGGAUCGACUGUAUGAUCUAUGCGCAGUGGUGGUACAUUGCGGCGCGACCCCGAAUCGAGGGCAUUACAUCACAGUCGUCAAGAGCCACAACUUCUGGCUCCUAUUUGAUGACGAUAUUGUUGAUAAAAUCGAGUCUUCUACGAUAGAAGAUUUCUUCGGGUUGUCGGAAGGCGGGAUACAAAAAAAUUCCGAAUCUGCCUAUAUUUUGUUUUAUCAGGCUCGAGAUACCCUCGGUGAGCUGGCAAGGAUUACACCAAAUCAUAUGUCUAUU